GCUAUUCCGCUAGUUGCUCGUGACGUUUCACUCUUCCCUCGUUGCACCUUUUGCAUUUCUCUGUAUUUUUUUUAGAGUCAGAUGAAUUCUUGCAGUUCAAGAUGAAUCCUAGUUUGAUAUCAAAGGCCGCCGCUCCUGCGCGUGUGCUGGCGCAAAAUGCACCUAAGAUUCAGUGUUUAAAGAAAGGUGCCCAGCUUCACACUGCGGCAUGGCGGGCCGGCUCUCAAAACCAAUCUUCUUUGAGGAAGAGGACUCGAGCUCCUUCAGCGAAGCGGUUGUUCCAUGCUACAAAUGCCGUCCAGCAGAAGGAUCCUUACCAGGCUCUUGGUGUUAGUAAGAGCGCAUCGGCCGGCGAGAUUAAAAAGGCAUACUACGGCCUAGCGAAAAAGUUCCAUCCCGAUACGAAUAAGGACCCCCAGGCCAAGGAUAAGUUCGCCGAUAUUCAAUCCGCAUACGAGAUUCUGUCCGACCCCAAGAAGCGCGAGCAGUACGACCAAUUCGGCGCCGCUGGCUUCGAUCCCAGCGGGGGAGGUGCCCCAGGUGGUGGUGGUGGUUUCGGUGGAGGGCAUCCAUUCUCUGGCUUUGGAGGAUUUGGUACACAAGGGGGAUUCGGCGGCUUUGGCGGACAGGGAGGUUUCGGAGGUGGUGUCAACUUCGAGGAUAUAUUUUCAGCAUUUACCGGACAACAAGGCUUUGGACGCCGUGGACGACAGCAAGCUCAUCAGCAAGAGAUCUUGGUCGGUGACAAUGUCGAAGUUCAAGCUACUAUCAGCUUUAUGGAGGCGGCGAAAGGCACCAGCAAGACGAUUUCGCUCACACCACUCAGCACAUGCGGUACAUGCAAGGGUAACGGCCUGAAAGCCGGCACAUCGAGGAGUGCCUGCAGUGCUUGUGAUGGAACUGGAACUCGAGUACACUUCAUGCAGGGUGGCUUCCAAAUGGCAUCUACUUGCGGAACUUGUGAGGGUACCGGUACGGUUAUUCCCAAGGGAGCUGAGUGCAAGACAUGCUCAGGAGAUGGUGUUGUGAGGGAGAGAAAGUCAAUCACGGUGGAUAUCCCUGCCGGUAUCGAGGAUGGUAUGCGACUUCGAGUUGACGGUGCUGGUGACGCGCCUGCUACUGGCCGAUCUUCCGACCCCAAUGCUCGUGGCCAGAACGGAGAUCUAUACGUCUUUAUCCGAGUUGCCAAGGACCCCAAGUUCCGUCGAGACGGCUCCAACAUUCUUUACACUGCCAAUAUUCCUCUUACAACUGCCUUACUGGGUGGCCAUGCAGAGAUCCCUACUCUGGAUGGAACAGUCAAUGUCAAAGUUGCCACUGGUACCAAUACUGGUGACAAGAUCACACUUCCUGGUAUGGGAAUGAAGCGUCUCGGUUCUCGACGUGGUGUCAACGGUGAUCUCCGGGUCGAAUACCGAGUCAGUAUGCCCAAGUAUCUUACGGCCAACCAGCGAACUAUCGUUGAGUUGCUUGCCGACGAAAUGGGUGAUAAGACUGCCAAGCGUGUGAUGGGCGUCGGUUCUUCAAGGGACCCAAAUGACCCUGAAUCGCACAAGAAUGAGGGCUUCCUCAAAUCGCUUUGGCACACACUGACCAAUAAUCCCGCUCACCAAAAGGUGGAUGAUGAUUCAAGCGAGAAUGACGGCUCAAGCAAGAAAUCUGAUGAUAAGGAUAAGAAAUAAAUAACUUCCGACUGAUGAUGAUAUGUAUCAUAUACUGGGGGUAUUAUUAAAAUUAGAGUGGGAGAAGCGCAUUUGUUGGUGUUCAAAAGGUUCAUAUUUUUUGUAUGGCGUCGGUGGAGGGUUAUGAUAGCCCAACUACUCAUGUAGAUCUGCCAACUACAUCAGAUCUGUUGUAUACUAAUCCUGUAGUAUAGAAGAGGAGCUGGGAAGCUCCAACGAGGCCACUCUCCUCAUUGAAUUGCAUUUCAAGUCACUUGAAGGCGCACGUUGGAUAUGAAUGAUACUACGAAUACAU